CGAUAAAAACGUAAUAAUAUUGUAAAGCCCCCCAAAAAUCCCCCAAUACCUGUCUCUGUCUUCUUUCGCUCUCGCUUCUUCACCCUGUAAACCCUUCCAUUUCUCCUUUUCUUUAUACGAGCCUAACUCUGGUUCAGCCUCCGAGUCGCCAUGAUCGUACCGGCGAAGCCUAGGAUGUACAUGUACGACGUCGUAGGAUCAUAGAAUUUUCUUCUCUCUGCUACAUUGGUUUUGAUUCAAAACGCCUAUUCAGAUCCAGCUCGAAUACUUGUAUCACUGUAAUCAUUUAGGAUUUUGUUAGAGAUGAGAGAGGGCUUGCGAUCUGGGUUCAAAUUGUUGGCGAAAACUGAGAAAGGGGAGGUUUGGCCUAGCCAAGAAACAGUUACAAUGGAAGUAGGCAGUAAUGAAGAAGAAGUCUGCGGUUUGACUGAUGAGAACGUCGCAGAAUUGGUUGCUUCUGGGACUGAAGAAGAGAAGUUAGUUUCUGCACCAAAAGAAGGAACAGAGACAGAUGAGGUAGGAGGGUUAAAAUAUGAGGACUUUGGUGCGGAUGAUGAUAUCGGUGAGGAUGAGCUUGUGGAGUUAACUCAUAAUAGGAAGGAAAGCAGCAGAUUAGAGGGGUUGGUAGAAAAUGGAGUUGGUAGUGUUAGUGUCAAAAAACAGAAGGUGAAGGGUGAGGUUGCAGGCGGUAAGCUGCAGGUUGUUGGUAGGGUUCUGCGGUCAGGGUCUACUGUGAAACCUGAGGGUGAGGACAAAGUUGUAACGGGACAAAGUAAUGGUGUUUUUAUUGGGGAAAAGACUGGUGGCAAAGAUGGGUCCGAGGAGAAGAGAGUUACGAUGAAAGAGGAAGAAGGUGAUCAUUUAAAUGGUGAAGACACUUUUCAAUCUGGUAAUAUUGUUAGUGGAGAGCUAGUGCGCAAGCGUGGGAGGCCUCCUAAGACUCUGCAGAGGGAAUUUCAGAAACAGUGUGAUGAUGUGGAGAAGGGAGAGAUUGAUCAGUCUGCAGCACGAAAAACAAAACGAAAGCGUGGGAGACCUCCUAAGGCUCGGGAAAAUGAUGAGUCACAGAAAAAACAGGGCGAUCACAUUGAGGAGUCAGAGGAUAAACAAGGUGAUGACAGACAUAAUAAACAAAAUGAAGAGAUUAAAAAAUUAAAUCGUAAGCGUGGGAGGCCUCCUAAGGCUCAGAAGAAUGAUGAGUCUCAGAAAAAAUUGGGUGAAAUGGUGAAAGAAGAGAUUAAAUUAUCUGUUUGUCAAGAGAACCAUCAGCCAAAUGAUGAAGAGUUUAAAAAAUUGAAGCCUAGGCGUGGGAGGCCCCCAAAGGCUCAGAAGAGUAGUCUGUUUGAGAAGAAAAAGGCUAAAAGGGAAGAAGAAGAGGGUGCUGAAUGUGCUGUUGAAGAUAGUGAUCAGCCAAAUACUCAAGCUAAGGAAACAUUAAGGCAUAAACUUGGGAGACCACCAAAGGCUCAGAAAUGUGAUGGAUCUUUGAAGAAAAUGGUUCAAGUGGCAAAUGAAGUGAUUGAUCAAUCUGCUGAUAAUGACUCUGAGGAAUCUUAUGGAAAAGUGAGGAAGAAACUGGAGCCUAAUUAUGGGAACAAGUUGAAUAACAGUGGAAAGGUGGGCUUGUUAAGGAAAUACAGAAAGGGAGCAACUUCAAAACAUAAAGUCCAGGUUAUGAAUCAAAAUGCAGGGAAUAGGAGUUCAUUAUCAGGAAAGAGAUUUCUUGGAAAAGAAUGUAAUGUGAACAUACUGCCAGCUAAGAAGAUGAAAUGCAACAAUUAUGAGGACGGAGGGAAACCAAAAAUGAAUGCAGGGGAAAUGGGACAUGGUAGAUCAGCAAGGCAGGCAGUGAGAGAUAAAAUUGUGGAAUUGCUUUUGGAUGCUGGCUGGGAAAUUCAACAUAGGCCUAGGCAUGGUAGAGAAUACAUGGAUGCAGUGUAUGUUAAUCCUGAAGGAAGAACUCACUGGUCAGUCACCUUGGCCUAUCGGGUGCUUAAGAAGCAUUAUGAAGACAGUAGUGACAAUUUAAAACCUGGCUUCAAAUUUACCCCAAUUCCAGAUGAGGAACUUAAAGUGCUAACCAAAGUAAUGCAUAAAGUACGGUCGGAUAAAAAUAAAAAGAAAAAGAAAUGGAACCAAGAGGAGAAGGAUGAGAAAAUGAUUGAAGUUACUAAAAAGAAAAAGUGGAAAAAAAUGCACAAAAGAAAACUGGGCGUUGCAGCUGGCGUUGGCUAUAAGAUGAUGAAGGGGAGAAAACCUAAACCUUUACUUCGCAAACAGGAUGAGUCAGCCGUUACAUCAGGCCAGGGAAAUGCAGUGUCAGUCAGGAGUCGUAAACGACUUGAAAUGCAUGGCAGAACGCGAUGUGCUUUGAUGGUUCGCAACUCUCAGGAGGGCACGGAGUCUGACAGUGAUGGCUAUGUGCUGUAUAGUGGAAAGCGAACUGUGCUUGGUUGGAUGCUUGGUCUGGGCAUUGUGCCAUUAGAUGAGAAAGUGCAGUACUUGAAACGCAGGAAAACACGAGGUGCACUGAAGGGUAGGAUAACAACAGAUGGCAUUCAGUGUGAUUGCUGCAAUAAAACUUUUACAAUUGCAGAAUUUGAGAUUCAUGCAGGUGGAAAAUCCAGUCAGCCAUUCAAAAAUAUAUGUUUAGACACUGGAUCUUCGCUCUUGCAGUGCCAGCUAGAUUCAUGGCAUAAACAAGAUGAGUCUGCUCUUAAAGGGUUCCAUUUCAUCGAUAUUGCUGGUGAAGAUCCUAAUGAUGAUACAUGUGGGAUUUGUGGAGAUGGAGGGGACCUGAUUUGUUGUGACAGUUGCCCAUCAACGUUCCACCAAAGCUGCCUUGAGAUAAAGAUGUUUCCUUCAGGGAGCUGGCACUGCGUAUUUUGUUUGUGUAAAUUUUGUGGGGAGACUGGUGGGAAUACUUGUCAGAUAGAUGAUAAUAAUGCUACCCUCUUAUGUGCAUUACUUACAUGCCAUUUGUGCGAGGAAAAAUAUCACAAAUCUUGUGUUCAGGUGAAGGAAGGCGUGAGUGAUGAUCCUGUUAGUUCAUCGUUCUGUGGAAAGAAGUGCCAAGAGUUAUAUGAGAGGCUGCAGAUGCUUUUUGGGGUUAAACAUGAACUGGAAGAAGGUUUUUCAUGGACUUUUGUUCGCCGAUUUGAUGUUGGCUCAGAUAUUUCUCUCAGUGGAAUGCCUCGGAAAGUGGAAUGCAAUUCAAAGGUGGCUGUCGCAUUGCAUAUAAUGGAUGAGUGCUUUUUGCCCAUGGUUGACCACAGAAGUGGGGUCAAUCUAAUACGUAAUAUUGUCUAUAAUUUUGGGUCCAACUUUAACCGAUUGAACUAUAGUGGUUUCUUCACUGCCAUUCUGGAGAGGGGAGAUGAAAUGAUUGCUGCUGCAUCAAUUAGGAUCCAUGGGAAUCAUUUAGCAGAGAUGCCAUUCAUUGGGACCCGAUAUGCGUAUAGGCGUCAAGGAAUGUGUCGGCGGCUUCUGUCUGCAAUUGAAACAGCUUUGUGCUCUUUGAAUGUUGAGAAAUUGGUGAUACCUGCUAUCUCUGAGCUGAGGAAAACAUGGACUUCUGUGUUUGGUUUCAAGCCUCUUGAAGGAUCAAGCAAGCAGAAGCUGAGUAACAUGAAUAUGAUGGUGUUCCCUGGUGUUGAUAUGUUACAGAAACCAUUGUUGAAGCAUCAGUUUGCUGGAAAAAAAAUGAAUCUUAUAGAAGGAUCAGAGUCCACUGAGCUUGGAGAACUUCAUACCAAGGAAGAUUUGGAAAAUAAGUUUGAUGAAAGAUGUUCAGCGGGAUCUGACUUAAAAGGUUCUCUCGGGGCUGGUUUACCUUGUUCGGGCAACAUAAUUAAGGAACUUGCUGCAGUUGACGCUGGUUCACUUGUUCCUGGUGAGAGAAAUGAAAGUAUUUCAAGCCCCUUUGAUUUGUCGUGCAAUGCUUGUGAAAAAACUGGAGAUGAAUCGAUGAAGAAUAUUAAUGAGAAAUGUUCUGCUGGAUUUGAAUUCAAAGCUUCUAGUGAUACUGGUGUAGCUCAUGCCAGUACCAUAAUUUGUGAACCUGCUGAAGUUGAAUCUGGUUCACUACCUCCUGAUGGCUGCUUGAAUGAUAGAUCUGACAUGACAAUUCAGGAUAUGAAUAGUACAAAAUGCCACGUCCAUUCUGGUGGGACUUUUGAUAGUAUUGAUGGGAGAAAUGAAAAUACAGUGAAUACUCUUGAUUCUCUAUGUGAUUCUCAUGAACAAACAGAAAAUGAGAUGAUAAAAAAUUAUGAAGAGGGAGAUUCAGCUGGAGUUGAUUUUAAAGAUUACUGUACAACUAAAGUAUCCAAUACUGGUAAGAUAAGUCAAGAAUCUUCUGCAGCUGAAUUAGAUUCGAUCUCUGAUGGGUACUUGAAUGACACAUCUGACACAACUCCUCAUGAUGCGAAUGAUAUACAAUCUCAUUAUCAGUGUGAUGGAAUUUCUAAUGGUGUGGAUGGGAAAACCGAAAAUAUUGUGAAUCCUCUUGAUUCUUCAUGUGGUGCUUUUGGACAAGCUGCAAGGAGGAAUGGACAGCAGAAAGCUCUUUCUGCUGCCACUGGUUUACCCACUGAUAAUGCAGUGCCACAAUUGCAUGUGCAGUUGAACCAGCAUAAUGUAUCAGCAGUGGAUAUUAAGUUGUGUGCUAUAUCUCACACUGUAUCUGGAGCUGCUAUUUGCGGUGGAGAAUUGACAUGUGGUUCAAAUGACAGUACUGAAGCAAUUUCUUUUGAAGUGAAAACAAAAGAUAACAAUGUUAAACACAAUGCCAAUACUCUUGGGAAGGAUCAUAUGCAUAUCACUGCUGAAAUCAUUGGUACCCAAUCCCAGGACUUGAUUUUUGAGAGAGUAAAAGGUUCAGAUAAGGAUGCUGUUUUCCUUGAGUCUAAUAAGUCUAAUAAUGGUAAUAUUUCCUCUGAUGUAGUUCAGUCAACAUCUCCUGCAGCUUGCCAGAGAGAAGGUGAUUUUGCUGCAUUGCCUUCUGAACAAAACUUCAGACCUUGUAAAAGCAAUGGGCCUACUUGUGAUGAUCUUUGUCAUGCAGUGGCCUCUGAUAUCACCACGGGAUCUAAUUUGCAAGCGAGUACGAGUAAUGUUCCUUGCAUGACCAUAAAUGUUGCACCAGGCUCUUGCGUAGGUGGUGUCUGUGACCCCAAAAUAGUGUCCGCUGCAGCUCAAAGUAAUAGCAUUUCGCUUGAUGAAGGUUUAAUUUCUGAUGGGGCUCAUGUAAAUGCUGAAUUAUCAAAGCUACCACUUCCUCAUUCUGAUGUUGAUCAUGCUAGUAUGAUGCCAAACAAUUCUGAAUCCUUGUGUAGUGCAUGCUCUACACCUGGUGUUGUCCUUUACUGUGCAUCUGGUGCUGGUAACUCGAGUAAUGCCCCUGAGGUGAUGAUUUUAUCGAACCAGGCUAAUUGAUUUCCAUUGAAAUGUUUUUUGCUGUAGAUAUCGGGUGUUUUGACAGCAGCUAUCAAUAGAUUAUGUGGACUACAUAAAGCAUAGGUUGACUGUUUUGUCAUGGGUUAGGAUGCAGGUGACGAUGGUGAUCACUGCGUCCGCAGGUGUUCAUUGACAAAGUUGUCAUUUUGGUAAUUGCUUGGUUGGGGUUUAGGGGAUUUUUACUUCUUUUUUCUUUUUCUACUUUUAGUAUCCCUUUUUUGCAUGUAUAGUUUUUAGAGAUUAGCUUUAGUCAGUAGUUGUCUAGUUUAGCAUGAUAUCAGAUCCUGAGGCAAUCAAGAGAUCUGAAUUUUGGACUUCCCUAAUGACGCUUAUUGUAAAUGAAACAAACAAUUCAUUGCUGAAUUAUGAAAAUAGCCAUUUCUCCAAGUUCUGUAUGUUAA